AUGGAUAUGACUGUAGACACUGUAAAGAACGUGACCGGGGUCAUAGCGGCUUCGGUGCCUGUUCCGAUCCUGGUCGCUAUCGUGGUGGUUGUGAUUUCGACCAUCCUGAUGCUGUUAGUGCUGCUGCUCGGACAGUCAACGAGAAAGACACUGCUCCUUUGUGGUAUCACCAACUCGGGCAAGACGCUUAUGUUCGUAGAGCUAGCCGUCGGGCACUCGGUGAAGACGGUAACCUCUAUGAAGGAGAACGUGCACGAGAUUGCCAUACCUGGCUUUCCGGUGCAGUUGGUCGAAAUCCCCGGCUCCGACAGAAUCCGCAAAACUAUAUUGGACAACUACCUGAAGGUACGUAGCUCGUCUGCUUAUGCUUGCAUACCAACGUUUAUUAUUACGAUAGCAAAGGAAGAUGUGCCGUACAUGAUAUUUGUAGUGGAUAGUUCCUCGUUUAUGAAAGAGUGCAGAGAAGUAGCUGAAUUUCUGUACGACAUCUUGUCGACGAAGGAGGUGGUGAAACGAGGCAAGCGAUUUUCGCUGCUCAUAGCUUGCUCGAAGCAGGACAUUCCCACGGCCAAGUCUAGCCAAGUUAUUAAGGUAAUAAUUUAA